CACCCACUCACUCGCACACAUUCUCCCCUCCACUAAACCCUACACCAGCUCCAUCUAACUUAAUCUUCUCGAAUCCACACUCAAACGCAGAAUUAUAGAGAGAGAAACUCAAUUUUUAGAGCGAGCGAGAGAGAAUGCCAGGUGAAGAUAUUGAAAACAGAGGAGGAGGGGGAGGAGGAGGAAGAGGAGGAACAGGGGAAGUGAAAAGCAGAGCAAACAGAAGUAGCUACUCAGCCUCUUCUUCUUCCUAUCUGAUAGAUGAUUCGGAGACCCAAUGGACCUCUUGGCUGGUUCCCAUGUUUGUGGUGGCGAACGUAGCUCUGUUUCUUGUGGUCAUGUACGUGAACAAUUGUCCCAAGAACAAUCUUGGGUUUAAGGGGAAGUGCUUGGCAAGGUUUCUUGGGCGCUUCUCGUUCGAGCCUAUCAAGGAGAAUCCUUUGUUUGGGCCUUCUUCUGAUACAUUGGAGAAGUUGGGAGCACUAGAGUGGACUAGAGUUGUCGAGAGGCAUCAAGGAUGGAGACUUUUCACUUGCAUCUGGUUGCAUGCUGGUGUUAUUCAUCUGGUUGCAAACAUGUUGAGCCUCAUCUUCAUUGGCAUACGCAUUGAACAACAGUUUGGGUUUGUUCGUGUGGGGAUUAUAUACUUGUUGUCAGGCUUUGGAGGGAGCAUACUUUCCUCUUUGUUUAUUAGAAACAACAUCUCUGUGGGUGCCUCUGGCGCUCUUUUUGGGCUUCUUGGAGCAAUGCUCUCCGAACUUCUAACAAACUGGACCAUAUAUGCCAACAAGGCUGCAGCACUGAUCACACUUCUGGUCGUCAUUAUCAUCAACCUCGGCAUUGGAAUUUUGCCACACGUGGAUAAUUACACGCACAUCGGCGGAUUUCUGACCGGUUUCCUCCUCGGCUUUGUUCUGCUUCCCCGUCCACAGUUCGGGUGGUUAGAGCAGCGGAAUCUUCGCGCCGGCGUUCAUCUCAAAAACAAAUACAAGCCUUACCAAUUCGCCUUCUGGCUUAUUUCCCUUGUUCUGCUGGUUGUAGGCUUUACAGUUGCAUUAGUGAUGCUUUUCAGAGGAGAGCAUGGGAAUGAUCAUUGCCGCUGGUGCCACUACGUGGCCUGCGUCCCGACGUCUAGAUGGAACUGUGAUGAAAAUUAACCCUUCUCAUAUAUAUAUAUAUAGUUGUUUUUUAAACUAGUCUUUGCUUCAUGUCUAAUUCGUAGCAGCUUUGGAUAUUUGACGUAUAUAUUAUUGUAAAUGCUUCUGUUCUGAAAAACUUGAAUCAAUUGUUAUCUGUAUGUGCAGCCAUUGAUCUUCA